AUGGGAAUUGUGAAGGAAUUGUUCAGUUGGUCGCAGGCUGUGAUGAGCAUGUUAUUAGUGCAAAUUUUUGCAACUGGGAUGCAGAUUCUAUCAAGGAUCAUACUAGUUGAAGGCACUUUCAUUUUUGCACUAAUUGCCUAUCGUCAUGUUGUUGCUGCUGUUUGUGUUGCCCCUUUUGCUUUCUAUUUUGAAAGAGGCAUCACGAAGAAGUUGGGGUGGUCGAUUUGGUUUUGGCUCUUCCUUAAUGCCUUAGUGGGAAUAACACUGGCUAUGGGACUGUUCUAUUAUGGUCUGCGAGACACCUCAGCUACUUACUCUGUCAACUUUCUCAACUUGGUUCCAAUUUUCACCUUCACUAUCUCUGUUAUAUGCAGAAUGGAGAGGCUGUGUCUGCAAAGAUGGUCGAGUAAAGUGAAGACUGUGGGGGCAAUUUUGUGUGUUGGUGGAGCAUUAACAACUAGUAUAUACAAGGGAAAGGAAUUCCAUGUUGUUCAAAGUAAUCAUCACACUCACAGUACUAUUGAGGCAUCCAAAACCAACAUGCUUCGUGGCACUCUCUUUUUGGUUGGUAGCUGCUUGUCAUACACAGCUUGGUUCAUUGUGCAAGUUAAGUUGCUUAAAGUAUUUCCAUUGAAGUAUUGGGGAACAAUGCUUACCUGCAUUAUAGCAUCAAUUCAAGCAACCAUAGUAGGGAUAUGCUUAGAUUGCAGAAAAGUUACUUGGAGUUUGAAGUGGAAUCUACAACUUAUCACAAUAAUAUAUUCGGGAGCACUGGCUACAGCUGCUACGUUUUGCUUAAUAUAUAGAGUAAUUGCAAUCAAAGGACCUACUUAUCCCGCAAUGUUCAAUCCACUGGCUCUUAUUUUUGUGGCCAUAUCAGAAGCUAUCUUACUGGGUGAACCAAUCAGACUUGGCAUUUUGCUAGGCAUGGUCUUGAUCCUAAUUGGAUUGUACUCCUUUUUGUGGGGUAAAAGGAAGGAGACACAAUGCUUGCCUCAACCAAAUAUAGAAGCCGGACAAGUAUCAACAAGCAUGGUUGUUGCUGAGUCUGCUGGAGUGCACGCAACAGCAUUAGUAGUACCAAGUUCUUCACCUAAUGUUGAAAAGACUGACAGAAAUUGA